AUGUCAUACCAUGGCUCCCCAAGGCCUUCUGUGCGGAUGCCUUUGUUGAUUCCGCUAGCAACACGAUCCCGUCGAGGAUCGUUAGCAUCACUUCCGGGGACCCCCGUCGACAAGGAACAACUGGCACAAGCUCUCGAUAAAAUACAUAGUACUGCUUGUCAGUCGGAAACUCUUACGACGUUCAACGAAUUCGCUUCUCCACCAUCAUCCUCUUCGAACCCUGAGAGUAAAGGCUUGGCUGGGGAUAUCAUGCAGAAUGGUUUGAGUGGUCUAUACAGUCGUUUCAAAGGCGCUGUUGGAGUAGGAAAGGAUAAAGCAGGAAGCUCUUCAAUCAAAGGUGACACUGAAAGCCUCGAUACGACGUCAAUCAAAAGUCAGAAUGUAUCCAAUGUCACCCCCACGUCAAAAGGUUCUUCUGGUCCCACACGAGAAGAUUCGGGCCUCACUGCUUCGCCUAUUCAUCUUUCCACGGCAUCGUCACAGCUGCAGUCUCCAACCGUAUCUUCUUUUGUAGGAAAUUCGUCCGAGAUACAGUCACAGGCUAUGAAAUCAUCAAAAACCUCGCUCUCGUCAGCACCUAUAUCGACAAAAUUGGCGACCAGACCCCCAAUCAAUCCAAUGGCGAAAACUACAUCGUCGUCAGUCAUCGUUCCUACCGUUGCAACCGUCAAUGCGGUUGCCUUCAAAGAAGGCGAGAAGGCUCGAUUGGGAAGUUCUGAUGGAAAUGUGCCGGAUAAAGCAAACAAGAAAGGUGCUUCAGACAGAUCUGAACCAGUUUCGGCGUCAGAAUACGCUCAUUCCGGCACUUUUGGCUCAGCUGCGGCUUCCGAAAGUAGGCGCUUUCCCGGCCAGUCUUCGGCUUUAGACGACUCGGUGUCUUUUGAUUUUGAAUCUUUGAAAAGCGAAUCUGUUGGGCGAAUGUCGCUAGGCAACUUAGAUUCCAAAAAGGAUUCUCAAGACGCUAGUUUCCGUACUAGUGAUGCCAGCACUACAGGAAGGGCCAAAUCCAUGAGUAAUCCCAAAACAGCGUCAUCUGCACUCUCUUCCAUAAAGACUUCGGAUUCAAGAUCCACUGCGGCACCGCGUCUUUUGAUUCCAGAGACUGCAAGGCGGACCCCUGCCGUCGAACGCAUAACACAAUCGCAUCUUCCUGGCUAUCAGGCAUCACGUGCCUCUUCGACAGACCGCAGUACCGCUGAAGCUAGCCCUGUUCAUACGCCUGCACAUUACCAUGUGCAACAUGACUCUUUUGGUGCAGACGAGCGGUCUUCACGCACUUACUCUGGCAGAACUCGUAUACCCGGCACGACUACCAAUGGAGGUAGCGCCGAAGUAGUCAGCGCUCGUUUGGAACAAAUGAGAAAGCAAGUACUAAGCAAAGAAUUUUGGAUGGCUGAUGAUAUAUGUAAGGAAUGCUUCUUAUGCGGCGAUCCAUUUACCGCCUUUCGUAGAAAACAUCAUUGCCGGACUUGCGGCUGUAUCUUCGACUCGAAAUGCACAUAUACUAUCUCAGGCCAAAGGUUUGGUGUUCAAGGGUCACUUCGGAUGUGCAAAACCUGUCUCGACAUUAUAAAUAGGCGCCACGACAGUAGCGGGUCCGAUGACUCUGAUGAUGAAUCAGGCUUGCCAACCUUUUUCCAUUCGCAACAGGCUAAGUUUGACUCUUCUACAUCAGCCAAAAUAGAUUUACCAGAAGGCACGGGCACUGACCCUAUGAAGAUGGGAGAUGAAUCUAGACCUCUGGCAACUCCAAUGAUGGCCAUACCUGCUACACGACGAAUUGGUGAUUCUUCCAAUAGGCGUUCGGCCAUUCUAGAGAUAGAUGCACCACAACUGAGUCGUCCAAGCUCAUCCAGAUCAUUGAAGGCCUUGUCUGCUACUGCGAGACCUCCAUCUUCUAGCCACAGACGACACCAGUCAAAACACAACUUUCUCGGUCGCUUCAAAACCCCUGCUGGAGAUAGAGCACCAUUCCAUCGGGGAUUGAUUGAUGAUAUCGGGAAAGCAGCGCGUCUACCUGCAUUUCAUGAUGAUAAUAUCAUCGAUCCCGAUCUGGCACCAUACAUGUCGGAUGAAGGUUCAAGCGCAGAUGAACAAAUGAGUAUUUUUGCGACUCUGAACAAUAGUAAUACAACAACUCCUGCUUUUGAAAAUGACAGGGCAGGUUUCGGCUCCCUGCUAAACGCUACUAAAAGACACAGGGCUAGGACUGGUGACAAAAGUGUCAGUGGGAUCAGUUUUACAAGUCGAGGCUUAGAAGAUGCUAGCGCCACCGUGGGAGCUUUCACACGACCGAAUCGUCGACGUAAUUUAAGCGUCGCUAGCAACACUUUACACCAUACUCGACCCUCACCAAGGCAAACGAAGCCAACAAGUUUAGCGAAGGGAUUUGGGAAUGUAAGUGAAGAGGUCACUACCCCGGAACACUCAUCAGAUCCGCCCGCCCCAGCUGGCAUGGCUUCGAAAAUGACUCGAAGCGCAUCGAUGCGAGAUGCUAAGGCUCCUGCAGUGGAGUUGAACAAUGUCAGUUUGCAUCAUGUUCGUCGGCUACUGCACCAAUUACUUGAAGACGCAGACGUUCCAAACGUUGCUUCCUGGGAGAAGGCCCUAAUCCCUAUUCUUCUCCAAUGCACAGAUGAUGUCAAUCCGGAUGUUAGACGUGGCGAUGACAUAGAUAUUCGUCAUUAUGUGAAAUUGAAAAAAAUACCCGGAGGAAAACCCGGUGACACCGCAUAUGUGUCCGGUGUUGUUUUCACCAAGAAUCUCGCCUUGAAAAGCAUGCCCAGGAGUAUCUCGAAUCCCCGCAUUGUCAUUGUAUCAUUUCCCAUCGAAUAUCAACGCCACCAAUCCUCGUUCAUGAGUCUGGAGCCUGUCAUAGCUCAGGAAAAAGAAUUUUUGAAAAAUAUGGUGAACCGAAUUGCAUCCCUACGUCCCCAACUUCUAUUGGUCCAGAAGCAUAUUUCGGGGCUUGCCUUGCAAUAUCUCGCCGAGGCAAACAUUGCUGUUAUUUACAAUGUCAAACCCUCUGUGAUAGAGGCAGUUUCAAGAUGUGCUCAGACAGAAGUUAUCUCGUCUAUCGAUAUGGUAGCUCUAAAGCCAGUACAUAUUGGUAAAAGCUCCGGCUUUGAUGUGAAAACCUAUGUCCAUAACAACAUUCCGGGAAGAAAGAAGACAUACAUCUAUUUAUCUGGGUGUCCAAAAGAGCUAGGAUGUACCAUAGCUCUCCGUGGUGCUAGCAUGUCUGUACUUGCUAAAAUGAAGCAAAUUACCGAAUUCAUGGUAUACGUGGUUUACAACUUGAAGCUUGAAACAUGCCUAAUGAGGGAUGAGUUUGUCCUAAUCCCAUCUGUUGCAGAAAGUGGCAAUCUCUCACCUGCAAGACAAACCAGCCAGACUUCGAAACCCACAGGAUUAGAUGCUUUACCUUACCAAGACACGGUGGUGGCAGCGAGCAAUGUAUUGCAGGCUGCUGCUGAGUCGGAAAUGGUCAAAAGCUCGCCUCAAGAUGACCUCGGAAAUGGCGAAAUCAUGCCCACUGAUAAGGUCCUCGCCAGCCCGGAGAGUAUUACAGAAGUUCAGAAGGCUACAUCGACCGACCAAGAGCCUGAAGUUUCCAAAAUGAUUUCUGCCCAUGAGUCACAUGUUCACUCUUCUCAUGAUGACCAUCUACCGGAAGAUGUACCUAUGCCAACCUUUUAUAGCGAUAUGGUUGCUAAGCAUCAAACUAAAAUACUAUCCGCCUCCCCAUUUGUUAAGUUUGUGCAACCGUAUCUAUUGGUCAGGGCUAGAGAGCAAGAAAGAAGACUCGUUUACUUGAAAAGGCUUCGGGACCAAGACAUGUUCGAAGAGCAGACUGAUACAGAAAAGUCGAAACCGCAGAAAUUCCAGCUCAUAAAGCCAGAUAUGGUUCACGAGAGUAUCAAAAACGCACCAAGGCAGAUCAUGGAAGUUUUGCAUGCUGUACAUGAUGCUGAAUAUGAUAAAGCUUUGCAUAAUUACCAGACACAAACCCGUCAAUGGGAGAAUUAUAUUCAAGGGAAUCUCAACCUUUUUGAUCCUUAUGGACACCAAAAUAUCACUGUGCUAUACACCGUCGUCUGCACCGAAACUUCAAUUCCCUGCGCUGGGCCCGACCUUCUUACCCUCGCAUUCUAUACUGAGCACGAAAUAUCAGCAGAAAUAGAUCCUGAUUGUACAUUGGGUCAAUACGUUGAAGAUCUAUGCUUGACGAUCAACACAACGUGUACAUCCAAUGGUUGCGAUCGGAAGAUGUCCGAGCAUCAUCGAACAUAUGUUCACGGCGAGGCUCGGAUAACUGUAUUUGUUGAAAGAUCACCUUGCAAGAUCAAAGGGCUUCAAGAUUCCAUUUUGAUGUGGAGCUAUUGCAAAAAAUGUCAAAAGGAAACUCAGGUCAUGCCCAUGUCCGAAAGUACUUGGAAAUACUCUUUUGGGAAGUAUCUAGAGCUUUCUUUCUGGAGCAGUGAUUUGCAUCUCCGAGCAGGAUUCUGUCCCCAUGAUUUGCAUCGUGAUCAUUUGCGGUACUUUGGCUUUCGCAAUGUCGCCAUUAGAAUACAUUAUGAUCCGAUCGACCUCCUGGAAAUUGUUGUACCUCGGACAAGAAUCACCUGGAAAGUAGAUAAUGAUCUCAGAUUGAAAAAUGAUCUAUUUACAAAGAUAGAAGAGCGAUGGAAUCGGUUCAUGACAUCGGUAAUUUCUAGAAUUAAGGGGAUCAACAUCGACAGCGUGGCACCCGAAAAGGCGGACGCCUGUAAAGCCGAAAUAGAUCGCUUGACGAAGCGUGCACAAGAGGAGCAUACUACACUGUUACGCAAAUUGCAGGAUAAAUAUAUGGAAUCGAAGUAUUAUGAGAUCAUCCCACUGAAUAGAGCCGUAAGAGCGAUGCAAGAGAGAGUAGCGGAGUGGGACGACGCCUUUCAAGAUUUUGAUGGAAACUUCUUUCCUUCCGAAAAGGAUAUCCGCCGCCUUGCCGCAAUGCAACUCAAGAGAAUGUUCAUGGAUCGAGACGCAUCUCAAACUUCGUUGGUAUCUGUAGAGACAAACGAUCUAUUGUCUGAUGUCGAAGAAAAGUCCAUUAUCCCAACUCCAACAGAGACGACAUUAGAACCAAGCGCUGGGGCAGACGAUUCGCUGGAUGUUCACCAAGCAGCAGUGGAAGACAAUUUAGUCGCAAACAUGACCACGGUAGAUUUGCAGCCCCCCAAUCAGACCCAAUCGUCUAGGACUGAGGAAUCUGUUCAAGCCCCGCGGCAUGAAGGAGUUGAUCAUCUCGAUCUCGCUAUUCCAGACACCACAGACCAGCAGAAUGCUUCGGAAAUAUUGACACCAGCAGAUGCAUCUGACUUCCUCACAUCGAGUCCGUCUGAAAUAGAGAGUCCUGCAGAUGUGGGUACUCCAACGACGCCCUUUGAAGCAACCCUGUCCGAAAAAGUUGAGAGACUACGCCGGGCAAACCAGUCAUUUUCUGCCGAACUAGGUCAGUUACAGUCGGAAACUUCUGGGAUUCCAAGGCCGACGGAACGUACAACCUCGCGCCGCAUUGGUGCCUCGCCUCCUCUCAAUCGCACUCAAUCGCAGCCUGCGAAUACAUUACGUCGCAUGCAGCCAAUUUCUAGCAAAGCAUAUCAUCGGCUGGGAGAUGCGCGGAAGUCUAGUGACACCCAGAUCCCAUUGCUUGAACCUUUGAGGUCAUCUACAACGGAGACUGCAAAACCUACUGAUAAGCGAUUGUCGGAAAGGUUAGGCUCACUCAAACAAAAUCGUAAGGCAGGACACUCCUUGAUUCCAAGAUCUGUGCAAGCGAAACGAAAGGAGUCUAAAGUUACCACGUUGGCAAAACAUUUUGAACAGUUGAGUAGGGAGUUUGAGAAAGAACGCCUACGAGACAGGAGACGAAUGGCGGCAAAAGUAACACAAUCGCGAGCUUUUCCCAAAGCAUCCUCCAAGCCCAUUGUCGAGAUAUACAAAGAUAUUAACGAAGCUGUUGAGGAGCGCGGACCCCCCGACGAAGUUUCUCUGGACACCGAACCCACGCGUAUAAGUACAGAAUCUACGAGCAUGACAGAAGGGCUUGCCAAAUGUAACAUGGAGCCCUCGAGUAGUGAGACGCAGCCUAACUCACCAAAUGACACUUCUGCAGCUAUUGAAGGGGCUAUUGCUGACGCUGAAGCUGAUGACAGUCACCAGAACUUUAGCCAAACUGGUUCUGACGAUGAAGGGGCUGCCAGCGACGCAGAUCAUUCUUUACUUGAAGAUCUUUUACCAGGUGCGGUGGAGCUAGCUGAAUCACUUCAUGCGGGCAAGCCAAAUUCCGAUCUUCCGCUGGAAAUACCUAAGCAUGAAAAGUCUAGUCUUAUGAAGAUGUUGACUAAUUUCUGGGCGGAGAGAUCUGCCAGUGGCUGGACGCAACUUGAGUAUCCCAUCAAUGCCGGUGAACACAUAUUUGUCGAUUCUGAUGUCAUCAUUAGAGAGGAUGAGCCAAGCUCGUUGAUAGCUUUCACCUUGUCUUCGGAACAUUAUCGAGCUAAGUUAAAUGAUCUUCGACAACAAGGUCCAGCUUGCGCAGAAGCUCAAGAGCAGGACACUAUGCCUACAUGCGGCACACCUGAUAUUUGUGAUGAUGGCAUCAAUCAAGCGGAGGUCGAAACUUCUUUAUUGCGUGCCACUGGUACUCAUCUUGCGUACUCUUUUGUUGACUCCUCGGCAAGAAUGCAAUGCAAGAUUUUUUUUGCGGAACAAUUCGAUGCCGUGCGAAGAAAGUGUGGAGUAGCAGAUCGAAUCGUAGAAUCGUUAUCGCGAUGCUUGAAAUGGGAUUCCAAAGGUGGGAAGACAAAAUCCGUCUUCUUAAAAACACUUGAUGAUAGACUGGUCCUCAAGCAACUGUCACCUAUUGAAACGCAAGCAUUUCUCAAAUUUGCGCCAGCUUAUUUCAACAUCAUAUCCGAGGCCUUAUUCCAUGAGCUGCCUACCGCCAUUGCCAAAAUGCUUGGCUUUUUCCAGAUUGUUAUAAAAAAUCCUGCUACAGGCACCGAGAUCAAGUGGGAUGUGCUGGUAAUGGAGAACCUGUUCUAUGACCGUUCACCUACCCGCAUCUUUGACCUUAAGGGGUCUAUGCGAAAUAGAAAGAUUCAAUCCACAGGAGAGCAGAAUGAGGUGCUUCUGGAUGAAAAUAUGGUUGAAUUCAUCUACGAGUCUCCUCUUUUUGCACGCGAGCAUUCAAAGAAACUUCUUCGAUCCGCUAUUUUCAACGAUACCCUUUUCUUGCAACGAAAUGAUGUAAUGGACUAUUCUCUAAUGGUAGCUGUCGACGAGGCACGAAAGGAACUUGUUGUCGGGAUCAUAGAUGUGGUCCGCACUUAUACCUGGGACAAGAAGUUAGAAUCAUGGAUCAAAGACCGCGGUUUCGCUGGUGGUGGCCGCAAUCGUCCUACUGUUACUUCGCCUAAGGAAUACAAAAGUCGUUUCAGAGAAGCAAUGAAUAGAUACAUUCUUCAAGCACCCAAUAGUUGGCACCAACCUCUAGAUGGACGACCAAGGAGAGACUCGAGACAGACAGUACAGGAGACGAGAACACCGACUUUGUGA